GGUAACCAGUUUUUCCGGUGGGUCAUUCGAAUUCAUUUUCGCAUCGCAUCUUAUCUAUGGGGACGGACCCACAAGUCCAGAUGAUGAAAAUCGUCCUUGCACAUUUAAUAUAGAAGUGGAAAAUCCAUGUCCAGAUUGAUCCCCUUACCUAUAAUGAGACGUAAUUCGAGAAUGAUGGGAAAAGUUACGGUUCGAUCUCUGUUUUCAGAAGGCGGACAUGGAGGAAGGAAGUGAUGGUGUAUAAGAAUUUGUAGCUUGUUUUGAAGAUUGAGUACCGACGGUCAUGGAUUUAUCGAGCUCGAGUUUUUUCACGGUGAGUGAACGGAUCUGUGCCGCAUGUAUACCACUAAUUGCGGUUGUAGAGGCCUUGAUUCUGGCGAUGACCAGGUGCUUCGAUUGUUCCCCUGAGAGUCAGAAGCGUCUUCGCUGCUACGAUAAUCUUUCCCUACUUGCUAGUGAAACUAGAUUUUCUGUCAAUGAAGUGGAAGCGUUGUAUGAGCUUUUCAAGAAGUUGAGUAGUUCGAUCAUUGAUGAUGGAUUGAUUCACAAGGAGGAGCUUCAGUUGGCACUUCUUAGAAGUCCAUAUGGCGAGAACCUCUUUCUGGACCGGGUUUUUGAUCUAUUUGAUGAAAAGAGAAAUGGAGUGAUUGAGUUUGAUGAAUUUGUUCAUGCUCUUAGCAUCUUCCAUCCCCAUGCACCUAUGGAGGAGAAAAGUGAUUUUGUGUUUAAGCUGUAUGAUUUGAGGCAAACUGGGUUCAUCGAACGUGAAGAAGUUAAGCAAAUGGUUAUUGCAAUCUUAAUGGAAUCUGACAUGAGGUUAUCCGAUGAACUUCUCGAAGCGAUUCUUGACAAGACAUUUGCUGAUGCUGAUACCGAUAUGGAUGGAAGAAUCAGCAAGGAAGAAUGGAAGGUUUUUGUGAGUAAACAUCCAUCUCUCUUGAAAAAUAUGACUCUUCCUUAUCUAAAAGACAUAACGACAGUGUUUCCUAGUUUCAUUUUCAACACUGAGGUCGAAGAUUAGAAAUUUCAUCAAGUUGAUUUCAUGGGAGCCCACUUUUGCAAAUAAUGAAUGGAAAUCGGUUGAAUUGGCUUUAUGAGAAGGUACAAAUUGUGGCUGGCCUAUGUCGAUUAGAAAUGAGGAAGCAUGCAUUCUUCGAGUUGAAGACCGAUCAAAUUGGAGUUAUUGCUCGGGCUGAAACACUUUGGCCAUUCCAUCUAUUCAUGAUCCAAAUUAUUGGAAGACUGUAUUGUAAUUUGUACAGUAGUUAGUCCCAUUUUCCUGGCUUUGUCAAUUUGUUCUAGCCAGCGCUCGACCACUUUUAUUCUUUUUGUAUUGGGGGGGGGGGGGGUAAUUUUCUAGAACAGGACCAUCAAGCUGAAAUUACUUAUCAAGCUUCGGUUCUGCACUUUUAAUGUAUUUCUGACUUCAACUUUGACUUCAUGGUUUUAACAAACGGUCUUCUAAGACCUUAUUUA